CGUGCGUGCCCCUGAGGCCUGGGACGUGCCACGUUCGGGGGCGAUAAUUUCGUCAAGGACGAUUUUAUCGGAAAUCAUCAUCGUGAGACAAGAAACUCAAGAAUUUAUCAAGCAUCACUUCCGUGAGACCACGGUUUCCCACAAAAAGAACUUCCGGAAGGGCUCACGGAAUUUUUUUUCCAUUCUCAUUCGACCACCGAGACAACCCCCGGCAAAUUAAAAUGGCCGUGAUUGGCCGAGUUGGGUGAUUACAACGGUAGAACAAUAGGAGACCGCGGCAGUCCGUCCAGGAUCGAGAUUCGGAAAAGUUGGAGCUGGUCGUUGAGAAAACGCAGAAACGUUCGGACGAAGGGAUGAUCCGGCGUUACGCGCUGGUGCGCGAGAAACUUUGCUGAUUGCCGGAUUCUGCACCCCGCGGGGCACGCGCGGGGGGUGGGAAAAGAAAAUCGUCGUCGGGAUUGAGAGCGAGAAGAGUGAGGAGGGAUUUGCCGAGUAAAUCGGGAAAGUGUCCUCGCAAGAGAUGAGGUCCUAUGAUGGCGAGAGUAGCUCGACGGAGGACGACGAUCGCAGGGAGGGCCUGCCGGAGCCGCAUCUGCAGCAAGGAUCCUGGCAACGCACCGCAUCACAUCCUACCUGGGCCUGGGAGCAUCGCAAUGCCCAUCCGUUGCCUCCACAAUCCGCGGCAGCUCUCGAAUCCGUGUAUUCGACACCAGGUGCUUCGCACCCGGGUGUGUCAGGCCCACCGGCAGGGUAUUCAUCGGAACACACUCAAAGCGCACCAGGACGGAGGACUCCGCUGGGUACCGUAGGUCUCGGUGGUUUUUACUUUCAGCAGCAACCGCAACCCCACGCCUCGUCGAGCGCGUUGUCUGAUGAAAAUCGGCCGGACGAGAGACCUUCAGCUUCGCGACUGAACUGCCCUCCGAAGUCAAAGACGACUCGUCAGGGGAAGAGCGUGAGGCUGAAUAUUAACGCGCGAGAACGCAGGAGAAUGCACGACUUGAACGACGCACUGGACGAGCUUCGCUCCGUCAUCCCUUAUGCUCACAGCCCUUCGGUGAGGAAGCUAUCCAAGAUAGCCACCCUGCUGCUGGCGAAAAAUUACAUUCUUAUGCAAGGAAACGCCUUGGAGGAGCUCCGAAGAGUAAUCGCCGUCCUGCAAUCGCCGCACGCGCACACCACCGCCUUGCCACCCACGCCGGUCUCCUACGACCUCCUGCAGGGAUUCCCCGGCAAGUUGUUCCAAGGGGUGCAGGAGAUGCAGGGACUACCCGCGAGCGAACCUCAGAUCGUGACUGGCCCUCCGACUGAUGGCACGGUCGCCAGCGGAGAAUCGAAUUGAGGAGUCAAUGUUUUUGUCCUUUUUUUUUCUGCGGCUCCACUUCUCUUUUAUUUUUCCGUAAAAGACUUUUUCCAUGAAUCGAUCGCACGAGAAUUUGAACCAUGCAAUUAAAUCGAUGAGAACGUCGAAAAGAUCAAAUAGCGAGAUGUACGAAUCAAGGUUUGUAGAAGCAAAAAAGUGACGGUCGGUAAUUAAUGUAAGAUACGUGGUAGACGUGGAUUUUUAGAGAUGAAGGUAAUGGAAAUACGGAGGCAUUUUUGAAGAUGAAGAUAAGGAGUAGUACUUUCAAGAAUGGAAACGCCUUUGGACAUGAAAGUAUUAAUUAAUAGAGUAUUACUGAAGUGCUAAUUAAUUCCUUGAGAGAGAGAGAGAAAAAAGAGAGAGGAAGAGAGAAAAAUAGAUUAGCCUUUUAAAUAUUAAGUAUAUCAUUUAUCCACAAAAUCAAAACGCGGAAAAACGAAUCGUACAAUUUUAUCUUUUUCGUGCAAACAAGAGGAUUGAAAUAAACUUUAGUAGACAAAAGAAAUGUCACAUUUAAAGAAUCAAAAAUUAAUAUUGAGACAGAAAAAUGCUGAAAACAAGAACUAUAUAAUAUGUACAGGGCAGUCUUUAAAUAUAUUGAAAGAGUUUAAAGGAUGAUUUCUUACAUUAAUUCAUGACUUCAUAUAACU